AUGGCAAACCAAGUCACUGUGGGUAUUGAAUUUGAAAAUGAUGAAACCAAACAUGACUUUUCUUUCUUGCCAUCUGAUACUAUUCUUCAAGUGAAGCAAAGGGUUGGAAGUAUUUUAAGAUGGGAAGUCGAAGAGCAAUCCCUCUUUUAUGACGAUCUAGAAUUGAAAAAUGAUCGUUCACUCGAAUCUUACAAUUUCAAAGAGGGUGGACAUUUUCAUCUUAAACUUCUCAGGACAAACACAUAUCGUGAUUUGAAAUUCUAUGUUUUGGUGAAAUCUGAUUACAAGGAAAACUUUAUGGGAGUUAAAGCAACGGAUACUGUGGCAGAUUUGAAGAACAAAAUUGAGAGAAAUUGGGGCAUUUUCAGUUCUCGUUUCGUUAUAUCCCAUAAUAAUGAGAUAAUGAAAAAUGAUCUUACACUCUCUCAAUAUAAUGUUUGCGCGAAUUCAGUGAUUAAAGUGGAUAUAGAAAAAGAAUUGCGCUAG